AUGUUGGGCUACAGAUUAGGCUACACCAUACGUACGAGUGAGCUCUGCUAUGGCCAGAGAUGCAGCCAAUCGCGUAGUAUCCACGGUCGUCAGUCAUCAGGACCAGCCCCUCGACCUCCCUUCGCAGUCCUGUUACAGAUACUAGGCCUACAGGAGCUCUGUAAGCUGGUGUUGGGGAUUUCUCGGCCAGAGAUCAGGGUGGUAGUGCUCAGUGUUUGUGUGGCAUGGAAGGAGUCCCCAGACAGUCAAGGAAGCUACGGUUCAGCAGUGAGCCAUACAAGCAAUGCCCGGCAGACAGAGGUUGUCGUCAUCUGGAAUGCUCCUGCAGAUGCUCCCAGACAAGUUCAGUUCUUUGUUUCUGUAGUUGCCCACUACAAAACGUUUUGGGUGAAGCUGCCUGGACCAAUCAUCUAUCAGCAUGGCGUUACUCCCCACCCCACUCAAUCAGAUACUACACCUCCUCCAGUACAAACUACUACACCCUCCAUCCUACCUGAGCCUCUCACUUCUGUGGGAUGUGGCACAUCAAAAUCCUGCCUGUUAGAUCCUCCAGGCUGUAAUCCAAAAGAAGAUCCUCACUGUUUGUUCCUGUCCAUGACUACAGACGGGCCAGACACAACGUCAGUAAUAUUUGAGCUGAGUGGCCCAGCGAAGGGAUACAUCGCCUUCGCACUGUCCUGGGACACGUGGAUGGGCGAUGACGAUGUGUACAUGUGUGUAAAAGAUGGGGAGAGUAUAUCAGUGAGUGCUGCCUUCUUCAGUGGAAGAACACACCCUGAGGACGAGACACAGUCUGGUCUCUCCUCUGUGUCAUGGCGACUGGCAGAUGGAGCCAUUCAGUGCAGGUUCAGUAGACCAGUUAAACUGACCAAUCAGGAACCAGCCCGCUUUGCUCUGGACCAGGAGUACUAUUUGUUUCUAGCCAACGGACAUGCUCGGAAUGGUGUGAUAUGGAAACAUAGUCGCCAGCCAUUAAUCUCCACCCAGAAAAAAUGCAUCACUGGACCCCCUGAGGUUCUGAGAAGCUCCCGGGGUCCCAUGAUUAUGAAAAUGCAUGGGGCCCUAAUGCUGUUAGCCUGGAUGCUAACAGGAAGUGUUGGCACCUUCAUCGCCAGCUUCUACAAACCUGAUUGGCCAAAUCAAACUCUGCUUGGUCAGAAAGUGUGGUUUCAGGUUCAUCGAGCACUGAUGAUGCUAACUGUGACUUUGACCAUUGGAGCCUUUUGCCUCCCAUUUUUCUACAGGAAAGGCUGGAGCAAGCACGCAGGUGUCCAUCCAUACCUAGGCUGCUGUGUUCUGGCAUUGUCUCUGAUUCAACCAAUAAUGGCUAUGAUCAGACCAUCACCUGACUCACACAGGAGGUUCAUCUUUAACUGGGCUCACUGGGGACUUGGGUCUUUGACUGAGAUCAUGGCAGUGGCAGCCAUGUUCCUCGGGAUGCGUCAGUCAUCAUUGCUCCUCCCACAGCCAUGGGCAACGUAUGUUCUGAUUGGUUACGUGACAUGGCUGGCUUCGUUCAGAUUCCUCCUCCUGAUGGACAAGUACCAUUGCAUUAAAAGAUCAGUUUUGGGAUCAGAUGACACAGAGGGCAUCCUUCCUGACCAAUCAGAGCGAGGUUCCAAGAAGUCCUUCAUAAAGUCCCUCCUCCUGGCUGUCUUGGCUCUGGGGAACACUGGCUUCCUGAUUGCUUUGCUGUUCUCGAUUGCUGACAUUUGACAUUUAAUGACGAGAUACAGAAAUAACUUUGACUUAGACCAUCUCUGACAGCAAUUUAAAGGGUGAUUGUUUUAAUGCAAAGCUUGAAACACGAGGAUUAUUUGAAGUUCAGCAAAGUCCAAUAACAGGAAACAUAAUGUACUUUAAUGUUUUAUUCAGCCAAACACACAAUAUUUUUUAUUUAAAUCCAAAUCUACUGUGUAUUGUAUGUUAUAUUUCUUUGUGCUGCUACUUCUUUGACUUUAUUACUCUACAUUUUUAAUUAAUAAUUAAUUAUUUAAUUAUAAUUCUGUAUUCACUGGCAUUAUUAAUUAUCAAAUAGUAGCACUGCUAUGCCCUUUAUUGUAGAAUUCAUGAAAGAAAACUUUUGAAUCAGCAAAAUAGUCCACUGUAGAUGCCCACAAUGACACAUAGUUUGUGGUAAUAAUAAAAUACUAUGGUGUGUGUGUGUGUGUGU